AUGGACCGGACCUGCGCGACGCUCACCGACACAGGUGGGGGAGCAGGUGUGCCCUGUGAGAUGCCCUCCUCGCCCUGGAGCCUUGGGGCCACCAACUCUGAUGGAUUCCCAGAGGACAGAGACGAGCGCUUCGGAGAACUCGCAGAUCCAGGUGAACCCGAGAGUCAGGACGUCCCAGAUUCAGUGACAGGCCACAGAGACGACUCGUCCUUCUUUCCACCUGCAGCCAAAAGACCGAAAACGGAUUCCAAGGAGAAAGAGAGGAGGCCCAUUGCGGGUAAAGAGGAAGCUCAGAGGAUGGCCGUCCUGCUGUCCUCUCUCUCCGAGGAGCAGCUGACCCGCUAUGCACUGUAUCGCCAGUCGGCUUUCCCGAGGGCACUCAUUAAAAGCCUCAUGCAGUCCAUUGCGGGCAGAUCGAUGUCUCAGAAUGUGGUCAUCACCAUGGCUGGUCUGGCCAAGGUCUUUGUUGGGGAGGUGGUGGAAGAGGCUCUGGAUGUGUGCGAGAAGUGGGGAGAAAUGCCGCCGCUGCAGCCCAAGCAUCUGAGGGAGGCAGUCCGGAGGUUAAAUUCCAAGGGCCGGAUCCCCAGUACCAAGUACAAAAAAAUCAGGUUCUUCUAGUGCAUCCCUAGAUAGAAGGCCUGUUCAGGAAGGAAG